AUGAGUACGGCUCCUCCAUUAAUAGCGAAGAAAGACAAGUAUGAACAGUUACUCGCCAAGUACGACUGGCGAUCGCCCUUCCCUCCACAGGGAUAUCAAUACGGCAUUGGACGCGGCGCUAAAGGAUUCUCCACAUCGGCAGAGUUGAGUUCCGCCUCCGGUGCGGCCGCACAGUUUAUGCUGCCCACAGCUGAUAAGAAUAACUUACUGGAUGCAUUAGAUCAAAUGGAGGAGAAUAGACAUAAACGUCGAAAAGAAGAUGCGAAGAGAAGUCGAAAUACAGCCACUGCUUCUUCUCCCUCUUCUUCUUCUUUAAAUGUUACGGUUGGUGGAGAGAAGAAACGAGCCAAGGUAUUACUAUCUAUGGAAGAUAUUGCCACUAUUGGGAGUGGAAUUACUGGACACGCAUUAGUGAAGCGAAAUGCCCGCACGGACGAUAUGGACGUUGUGGAUAAUUAUGAAUUCUCUGAUGAAACUGCCGUCGUUACCGCCAGUGAUCUUUUACGCAGUCGCACUGUAACGACCGAUCAAACAUUAGAGAAUAUUCUCGGAAUGGGUUCACCAACGGAGCAAACGACAUGGAUUACACAUUCCCGAGCUUUACGGGAAAUGGGAAUGAUUAAAAAAGCACAACAAACACUUAUGGAAGGUUGUCGAAUGACGGGAAGUAAAGGUCCACUUAUUUGGAAAGAACGAUUGGAACACAUGCAAGACCCAACAGCCCAACGCAAAUUAUUAGAAGAGGCUGUAAAGAUAUGUUGUGGAUGUGAAGAGUUGUGGAUAUUAUUAUUAGAACAUGAACCCCCGCAUGAACAUUUACAUUGGUUACAACAAGCCGUGAUGGCAUGUCCUGCGAGUGAGAGUUUGUGGUUGCGAGUGCUUGAACACAUUCCAACACCGCGAGAUCAGAAGAAAAUUAUUCGUAAAGCACUUGAAGUCACUCCACAACUUCCAUCACUUUGGGCUAUGUUGGCACGGUUAGAAGAUUAUGAAACGGGAAAAGCUAUAUUUAAUGCCGCUGCUGCAGAACAUCUUUCACUUCAAAUUAUUAUUGAGGCCGCAAAGUUUGAAGAAUUUCACCUGAAAACACAAUGGAAAGAUGAGAAGGAGUAUUUACAUUCAUUAGAGAAUGAUAGAAUUAAUUCAUUUGUACGUCAAGCAGCAGAGCGUUUUCUUAAGAUGGAUGAAGAAAAAUCUCGUAAGGAUUGGCUUCAAGUAGCCCGUACGGCUGCUGGAGAUCGAUAUGUGAUAACAUCUGCAUAUAUGUAUUUAAAUUUUCUAUCGGAUAAAAACUCCACAAAACUUUCUGUGCCGACAACAUGGAUGGAAGAUUUAAUAGCCUUAAUGCCAGAUACUUGGUAUACACAUGAUGUGUUGUGUGCCAUUUGGGCCGCGAUGCUUCUUAUUUACGAAAUCCAUGGAAUCUCUGAACAAGAUACUAAAAAUAAAAACAAGACUAAUACUAUGAAUAGUAAUCAUACUAAUAAUAUUAAUAAUACGACUCUGACGGAAAGAGAGAUGGAAGUCAUGACGACAUCUAUUCAAUUAGCUCCAUCCUCUGCAAUUGAAGCGGCACUCUUAGCAUUAACAAAGUAUCAAUCUUCUCAUACUGUACAGACUACAAAUACCAAUAAAACAAUAAUAAUGGAAGAAGAAGAGGAAGAAGAAGAACUGGAUAGACCCGUACCAACAGAUGCUGCUGUAUCUAUUACAAAUGUGAACACAACCUCUGCCACGGCGGCAUCUAAAAGUCUUCCAGAGCCACUGGUGUGUGUAUUCCUUCGCACACUACUGCAAACACCACUUCUCAGUACAGUGGAGGUCAUUCUUCGUAUUGCCAAAGUAUUGUACGAACGGAAAUAUUUCAACGGUGCCUCUCAAAUUCUGCAACUGGGAAUAUUACGAUAUCCACUACACACUGCUCUCUAUGCGGCGGCGGCGAAAACACUAAUGGCGAUGGGAUGUGAAACAGAGGCGGAGCAGAUUCUUCUGCGGGGAACGGAAAUUACACCAGCGGAUUCGGAUAUUGCAUGGGUAAAGCUUGCUGUUCAUAGACGAAGUAAACAUGAAGAUAUUAUCCCAUUACUUGAAAAGGCUAUUUCUAUAUUUCCAACAUCAGAAAGGUUAUGGUUAAUGCGAUUAGAGGCAGAAGGAAUGCGGGUAAAGGCGGCAUUAGAGGAUGCAUCUAUGCGGGGUAUGAGCACCGCCCCACUCAUUGCGGAAUUACGUCAAGUGUAUACAAGGGCACUUACCACCGCACACUGUCGGUUUAUACCAACUGUAUGGUGUUAUGCCGCCGUGAGGUUAGAAUCAAAUCUGUUAAGUAAUGCCAGUGCAGCUAGGGCGUUACUUCUAGAUGGAGUCGUUGUAUGUACACAACAACCACAUCCACAAUCAUUAUCACAACUAUCACAAGCAUCCCAACAGAAACGACAAUAUCUUUACAGUCAUGCGGAAGUGUAUGCUGCGUUUGGACUUGCGAGGUCUCAUGUGGAGUUAAGACACGCGGGACGUCAAACGGCACUUGAGGUGGUGAAGGAAACAUUACAACAACUUCCCAAGAAAGAUGGAUGUUUCACUGUUCCCGUUGGGGAGUUGGCGUCUCUCUCUAUUGACUUGGAGGCCCCGGCCGCACGUGGACGCGCGGCUGCACAGGCGGUCCAACAUUGGCGAUUGCGAGAUCCACUCGUGUUGGCUUCAGUAGCGAAGGUCUAUCACGCUGCGGGGCGACACCAGAAGGCAUUGGAACAAGUGUUGAAGGCUGUGAAGAUGAGUGAUGGUCGUUGUGGAGAUGUUGUGGCCUUGUGGUUGAAGUUGGCGGGUUUAUCAUCAUAUAAACAAGUGUUGUUGGAGAUGAUGGGCCUUACAGAGGAGGCGGAAUGGGCAAACACAGAGAGAUGUUUGGAAAUGGGUGUGUUGUUGUCGUGGUUAAGUGAACAGGUGGAGGAGUCAUCAUGCGGUGGAAAUGAUGGUAAGAAUAAUAGUAUGAAGAAGAAUAACAUCAAUGGUAAGAAAGACAACCGCACAUCAACAACAACAACAACAACAACAACAACAACAACAAGAAGAAUAGGAACAGGAAGUACUACUACUAGUACUAGUACUAGUACUAUAAAGCCCAACAGUGGACCAUUGUGGAUAGAAGUGGCGAAAGCACAGGAUCCGAGCAAUGUAACUCUGCUUGGAUACAGAGACUCCAUAGAGUCUAUGCUGCAGAAGGUGAUGGAUCUUAUUGAACUGUGA